AUGGGCAGCUUCAAGCUGGGUACCCCGCUGUGGUGCGGUGGCGAGGCCUUCACUUCUGGCGCCACCGCGCUGCCGGCGCUCUCCGAGGAGCUCAUCUGCGCCGACUCGUCGCAGUGGCUCCGCUUCUGCGACGAGGCCCGGUGCCGAGGGUCCAACUCCAGCUCAAGCUCCAGCCGGGCACCGGUGGGCCUCGAGGACGGCCAGCGCUACGGCGUGCUCAAUCGCAAGGUGGUUGAGGUGCGGCGCGGCGUUGACGACGAGGGCCGGGACAUCGCCGAGAUGCAGAUACCGCUGCACACCCGUCUGUACAUCGCGUGGCACUGCGCCCUCGGAUUGAGGGAACUCCACAUGCGCGGCAUCGCCCACGGCGAUUUGUGUCAGGCCAACGUCCUGGUGGACGUGUUGAACAGACAAUGCAAGCUGGCCAACUUUGGCCUCAACCUGCGCGGCCUGCGAGCUGCGACGGUGCCCGAUCACGACGGGUCCGUGCUGGACGGGGAGGAAAUCGAGGAGACCGGCGGCUCCGGCACGCCCAUGGCCCUCGCGGCCGACAUCUACGCCUUUGGCGUGCUUCUCUUUGAGAUCCUUGCGCUUCACGCCGUACCGCUCGAGACCGCCGUUGAGACUGUGCCCUUCCCAGAACAGCUAUCGGGAGCGCUCGGUAGUGGGACGCCCGAGGGCGACAAAAUGAAGGAGCUGAUCGCGUCGUGCCUCGAUCAACACCCCAAGGCCAGGCCCGACAUCCGCUCCAUCUGCCAGGCGCUGGAGCGCCUCAUACUCGACGCGCUCGUGCCGCAACCGGCGGCGUGCGACAUCUGGAAGGAGGCCGUGGCGCUGGAGGCCACAGCCCAGCAGGGCAGCGCCAUCGGGGCCGGCACCAGCGGCAUUGCCUCGAGCAGUUCGGCGUUGAUGAUGCAGCGUCGCAGCGUUGAAGACCACCUCUUCGGCGUGAGCUGGGCCAACUUCGAGCGCGCGUUCCUGCGCGACCACAUGCACGAAGACAUCGACUCGGCGACCCUGGAGUCGUCAUGCACAGCACCGCCGCCCACAGACCAUCCGCACUUCAACAAGAUCCUCGCCCUCUACGUCAUUCACCAGCUCAUCGCCGAGUGGGACACGAACGAAGCCCUCGCGCUGUCGCCGGUGGAGAUCGAAGAGCGCAUUCGCAAGUGGGGUCUCGACGACCACCUCAAGGGCGCGCUGUCCCACGUUCGACAGGACGUGCUGCUCAAGCGGGAGCUCACCGGGCGCAACGCGCUCCUCGACAAGGUGUUCGCCUUGGUGGCCGACAAGAACUUCCAGGCGGUGCAGACGCUGGACGAAGCCAAGCUGCUUCUCAAUGACCAGCCAAUUGGCACAUUCCUGCUCCACUUCGUGCGCGCGGUGCCUGGUAUCAACGAAGCCGGCUAUUGUGCCACCUGGGUCGAAGACAAGACGCCUGGUGAGCCCACGGUCUAUCUUGGCUGCUCGUACUUCACCCGCUCGGAGAACAAGUGGUGCCUCGGCGACGAGCAGUUCUCCUACCUCGAUGAGCUGUGCGCCUGGCUCAAGCGGGACAAAGUCCUGCUCCUCCAACCCUACCGCCCUGCGAGUCAUCUGGAGUCGUUGAAGCUCGCCUGGUACGCUCACCAGCAGGCUGCAGCGCACGAGGUGACGCUCGGUUCGGGCUUCACGGCGGCCCGGAUGAAGAUGACGCGCCGACAGCAAGACGAGCAAUACCUCAAGAACCACCUGCACGCCGACGCGCGCAACUUCAUACAGAGCGCCGAAGCGACCCAGUGCUUCGUCACGCGCGACGGCGGUCUCUCCAUGAAGAUGAAACGCGAGCUCAUCGCCAGGUCGGGCUAUCUGCUGGUCAACCGCAACCACAGGAAGUGGGAGCGACGCCUGGUGGACCUGGUCGAAGGCUUCGCGGUGCUGUACGUCGACGAGCACGCCAAGCAGCGCGGCGACGCCUUGGAGGUCAUCGCACUUGAAGGCUUCCGCGUGCACAUCGAGCAAGCAGAGAGUCACUACCCCGCCAAGUUGGUGCUGCGCGGAGGCAGAGACGAGUUCCCGGUGCUCGAGAUGCGCUCGGGCACGAUCAGCCUGGAUCCUACGGGCGAGCUCCAGAAGUGGGCCGUCGGCAUCCAGUACUGGGCCAUGCAGGGCUUCAUCCACGGCGCCUACGUGCCGGUGCGGCGCAACAUCAACUGCCGCUGGUUCGUCGACGGCCGCGACGCCUUCUACGCCCUCGCCGCCGCCAUCUCCGCCGCCCAGCACAACAUCCUGCUCUCCUCGUGGCGCCUCGUUCCCGAGAUGUACAUGCGCCGCAUUCCGCCUUUCCGCGAAGACGACCGCUUCGACCACUUGCUGCUGCGGAAGGCACGCGAAGGCGUGAAGAUCUAUAUCCUGCUGUGGAAGGAGCCCAAGGUGGCGAUGGACCACGGGUCGGGCACGUUCCAGGAGCGGCUCAUGAACCUCCACCCCAACAUCAAGCUGAUGCGGCACCCGCACUUCAAGGGCGCGCCUACGCACCCGUAUUCGCACCACCAAAAGGCGAUGGUCGUCGACUACGGCACGAAACACGUCAAGGGGUUCGUUGGUGGGAUGGACGUGGCGUUCGGGCGGUGGGACACGGACAAGCACGUGAUCACCGACGAGAACCGGCUCACCACGCUCUGGCCCGGCGCCGACUACUUCCACAUCGCGGAGCCGCCCUUCGUCGAUCCCUUUGUCGACGUCCACGACCGUGAGACAGAGCCCCGCUGUGGCUGGCACGACAUCAUGAUGAGCGUCGAUGGAGAGGCGGCUGUCGAUCUGGCCUACAACUUCCUGCAGCGGUGGAACCACCACCGGGCCGAGCUUACCUACUACGAGCAGUUCCUGCCGGUCAUGGAGGCCAUCAGCCCCCGCUUCCCCGUGCUCAAGCCUCUGCCCAACCCCUUCUUCCAAACCGGCGGCGUUGGUGGUGGUCUCGACGCGGGCCUGACGCCGGAGCAGACCCAGCGCCUGGGCGGCAUGGCGUGGGCCGCGGCCAACGGGCGCUGGCGGCGCUGCUACGAGCUGGUCAACGAGCAGCGAUUCGGGUGCCUCGGCCCCGACGGCGGCUUCGAGGACCCGCGUGACGAGAACGCGCCCAACAACGAGGACAACCAGCACAGCGGCCGCGGCCUGCUGGCCAAGAUCAAGAAUUUCCUCAAGCGGCCCUUCAGCCACCACGCCAAGGCCGACGACGCCGGCAGCGGUCGCGCCAGCAAGCGCCAGCACCGCAGCAGGUCGCGGUCGAAGGAGGCGGCGGACGUCGAUGAGACCCAGCGCGUCAGCGAGCGCCAGCACACUACCGGCGAGCUGGCGGCGCCAAAGGCCGAAGCCGACGACAACGACCACACGCCUCUGCACAGCGCGGUGGUGAUCACCACCGUGGACGAGACGACGGGCGACGAGGUGACGGCGCUGUCGGUGCCCGCGCUGCAGCCGCACGACCGCAAGGGCAAGGGCAAGGCCCCGACGACCGACGCCGACCACGAGGCCCUCCUGGCCGACGGUAGCGACCCGUACCUACCGGAGCUGUUGCUGGUCCCGGAGCAGAUCCAGCAGCGCGAGCGGGAGCGCAUUGCCCAGCUGGUCAUCGAUAACUCGGGGUGGGACGUCAACCGCAUUCUCACCGAAGAGUGCCGCGUCUCCGGACCCGAGCCUUACACCCAGAUGGUGCGGAGCAUGGCCAUGUGGAGCGGGGCGAACCGCAAGGAGACCUCCCUGUGCCACGCCCACUUUGCGCUCAUCAACAAGGCCAAGCACUUCAUCUACAUCGAAAACCAGUUCUUCAUCUCGCGAUUCGACGGCGGCAGCGGCCCACAGAACGCGAUCGGCCACGCACUCGUGUCCCGCAUCGGUCGUGCCGCGCGCGAGCGCCAGCCCUUCCGCGUGAUGAUCCUCGUGCCCGGCGAGCCGGCCAUGGGUCCGCUCUCCGAGAUCAAGAACCGACAGAUCAUCGGCCUGCAACACAGUACUAUUUGGAAGGGACCAAGGUCGAUUUUCAGGGAGCUGCAGCGCCGCUUCAAGAUGAGCUUCGAGGAGGCCAGCAAGUACAUCUCCUUCCACGCCCUGCGCUCGCAUGGCCACCUCUUCAACGUGGGCCCCGUCACCGAGGGCGUCUACAUUCACGCCAAGCUCCUGAUCAUUGACGACCAAGAGGCCAUCAUCGGCUCGGCCAACAUCAACGACCGAAGUUUGGACGGAUACCGGGACUCGGAGCUGGCGGCGUGGGUGAAGGACGACGACAUGGUGGCGGGUCGAAUGGGCGGGCAGCCGUUCUACAUGGGUCGCUUCUGCCACUCGCUCCGCAUGUCCCUGUGGAAGGAGCACCUCGGCAUCGGCAACGACGACAAGAAGCUGCUUGAGCUCAUCAGCGACCCCGUCUCUGAAGAAGGCCUCGCCUACUGGGACCAUGUGGCCCAGAGCAACACGGAGCUGUAUGAGAGGGUGUUCCCCUACAUGCCCCAGAACUCGAUCCAGACGCUCAAGGAGGUUGAGCGACGCAAGGACGCCUUCCACCAGGUCCCGCUCGACCAAAAGCUCAAGCUGGAGAAGGAGCUGAAGCAGGUGCGCGGGCAUCUGGUGAACUACGCGCUGACGUUCCUGGAGGGCGAGCACCUGGAGAUCUCCCUCACCGACAGCCCCCAGUACAUCCCCUUCAAGACCACCUUCUACUGA